AUGCUUCGCAAAUUUGUUGUUCUCACCGCCAGUAUGGCCGCCCUUUCUGGGGUCUCCGCCAACCCGGUUGCGAACCCCGAACCCGUUGCUGAGCCCGAAGCUGUCGCUGAGGCUAACUACGGAUACUAUCAACCUCCUCCACCUCCAAAGUACUGGCAACCACCAAAGGAGGAGUACAAGCCAAAGUAUGACGAGUACAAGCCAAAGCCAUAUGAGCGCAAGCCGGAGCCAUACAAGCCCAAGUAUGAGCCGCCAAAGUACGAACCACCAAAGUACGAGCCAAAAUAUGAACCACCAAAGUACGAGCCAAAGUAUGAACCGCCAAAGCCAAAGUACGAGCCAAAGCCCUACGAGCGCAAGCCGGAAUACGAUGAGUGGAAACCGGCACCAUAUGAUGAAUGGAAGCCAAAGCCCUACCAGGUCAAGGCAUAUAAGCACAAGCCCAAGUAUGAUGAUCACAAGCCCAAGUACGAUGACCACAGGCCCAAGUACGAUGACCACAGGCCCAAGUACGACGACCACAAACCCAAGUACGACGACCAUAAGCCCAAGUACGACGACCAUAAGCCCAAGUACGACAACAAGCCAAAGUAUGAACCACCAAAGUACGACAAUAAGCCAAAGUACCAACCACCACGAAAGGAGUACAAGCCAAAGUACAACGACUAUAAGCCAAAGCACAACGACUAUAAGCCAAAGCACAACGACUAUAAGCCAAAGUAUGACGACCAUAAGCCAAAGUACGAUAACAAGCCAAAGUACGAGCCACCAAAGUACGACAACAAGCCAAAGUACGAAGCACCAAAGUAUGAGGCACCAAAAUACGAGCCACCAAAGUAUGAGGCACCAAAGUACGAACCACCAAAGUACGAGCCAAAGCCAUACAGGCCCCCAACCUACUACGACUAG